AUGUUUGCGAAUGACGAUGUCCCUGAUCACUUCGACAAGAAUAUUGUGCAUGACGAUUUCCUUGCUUACCUCGACAAGAUGCGCAAACUGCGCGAACGACUUGCUGCACUCGGACAGUCCGUCAACAAUGACGACUUUGCAGCCAUCAUACUCAGCUCACUUCUGGAACGCACCAAUGAUUCUGAGCAGGAUAAGGACAAGGACCAGGACAAGGACAAGGGCAAGGGCAAGGACAAUAUUUGGGUCUCAUUCUGGAAAUCUGUUUCCCUUCUCUCACUUGGAGCGCCUUCACUAGACAAGAUUGGCAAGCUCAAAGGCAAGAAGUUCACGGAGCUCAGAGACAAAUUAAUGGAACGCACGAAAAACCUAACCGUCGUUUCCGCCCUUGCUGUCUCGACCACUAUUUCAUUUCUGACCGCUCCUCCCCCAGUCGACUACGCAGCCUGGGACAAUAAAGUCCCAUACCUUUUUAUCGCGGGUGCUUGUUGGAAUACUAUAAUGUCCACUGCGUGCGGUCUUGGCUUAAUUAUGUACUUGGGCAUCAUGACCGAGGAUUCCAUUGAGCGAAUCAAGCGAAACUUCGAACGCUAUAUCGCUGUCGCGUUGUUGGUGAUGCCAACUGUCUUCCUGUUCGUUGGCGCGGGCUGCGGUUCCAUGGCAUGGCUUGUCGCUGUCUGUGCUCGUUGUGCUCCUAUUUCUGGUUUUUCCCAAUCUCUGUUGGUUCUGCUACUAUAUCACAACAUGCAUCUGUACUCUUGGUACACUUAA